AUGGGUUCCCGGGAGAAUGCGAGGAGGGCUGCGGGAGCGGCCGGGCAGGCAUCAGCUCGAUCUGCGGCAUUGGAGCAGCUCAAGAGGCUGCGCGAGGGAGGAGGGCGCCGCGUCGACACUUUCGAGCUCAAGGUAGAGGAGCAGAUCUUCGAUAGGCUAGACGAGAAGGAUUACGCGCUGCUGGUGGCCAAGCGGCGGCUCGAGUCUCAGGAUUUUGUGGUGGAUGACGAUGGUCUCGGCUAUGCUGAUAUUGGCGAGGAGGAGAAUUGGGAUGUUGGGGCAAUGCCGGAAUCUUCUGACGAGGAGGACGGUGCUGCCAAAAAGAAAAAGAUUGCUGAUCCGAAGAAGAAGAGAGAUGUGCCCAGUAGAAAGGAGAGGGAGCUCAUGGCAGCAGCUUCGCUCAUGGGGAAGCAGAGUGUCUCCAGUAUGUUUGCUGCUGCUGGGUCGGGAAUGAGCGUCAAAUCCUCCAAAGCUAGAGACUUCGAUGGAGCGGACCAGGUGCUGGAUGACGUUCUCGCUGCUGUAGGCGCGGACAGUGUUCAUCGGGAGAGGAAGAAGAAGCAUCGACAAACAUCGGAGGCAAAGGAGGACAGUCACUUUUCCAGGGAAAUGCCAUCUCUUAUGGCUGAUAUGGAAAUAGCUGCCAAGGUGGAGGAGGACUCACUUCCACCACCACCUUCUACAUCAGAGAAGCAGGCAGAAGACUCUGCGGUUUCCACUUUUCUUGUAGCUGAUGCGGAAGUAAAAAUCAAGGUGGAGGAGCCAAGUCAAGAGCUUCCACCACUGCCGUUCAACGCGGAUCAUAGCACGAGUAAAAAUGAACGAAUCAAAGCGGCUGAAGAUUCUUCCGGCCUAGGAGAAAUGCCAGCCCUCCCGGCUGACGAGAUGGGAAACCUUUCAUUUUUCUUCCUGGAUGCCUACGAGGAGGCGUUCGGUGCAAACGCCGGGACUGUUUUCCUCUUUGGAAAGGUUCAAAGAGGUGGAAAAUAUGUCAGCUGUUGUGUUGCCGUGAGAAAUAUCCAGCGGUGUGUUUUUGCAGUUCCUGGUCCGUCGGUAUUUCCAGACGGCCUCGUCAACACUCUGGAACAAGAAGCAACAUCAUCCGAACUGAAGGUGAAGCUUCAGGAAAUGGCUAGAGAAAUGAAAAUGGAGCUCUCAGAAAAGUUGAUGGAGCUCAACGUUUCGAAGUUUAGCAUGAUACCUGUGAAGAGGUCAUAUGCAUUCGACAGAAUGGAUGUGCGAUCAGGAGCUCAUUAUUAUUUAAAAUUAAGUUAUCCCUUCAAGGAUCCGACGCUUCCGGGUGAUCUGAGAGGAGCGCACUUCACCAGUGUAUUCGGAACACGGACAAGUGCGCUGGAAACUUUUCUCAUUAAAAGAAGAAUCAAGGGACCUUGUUGGCUGUCCAUCUCGAACUCGCACCAAAUACCAUGCUCUUCUCAGAUCAGCUGGUGUAAAGUGGAGGUUUCCGUGGAUUCUCCGAAAGACGUAGCUAAUAUAUCAACUUUGAAACCUGCGUUUGAGAUCCCGAGGCUGAUUGUUGCUAGCAUCUGUCUGAAGACGGUAGUCAAUCAGAAACAAAAUCUAAAUGAGAUUGUCUCUGCAUCGGUAGUGUUUUGCGAGCGCGUAAAGGUAGAUGCACCCAUGCCGCAGUCCGAGUGGAACAAGCAAGAGAUGCUAGAACAUUUUAGCAUCGUCCGCAAGCUCGAUGGCGGAGUAUAUCCGAUGGGAUUUUCUUCUGAGGUAUCACUCAUUAAUAACAAGAGCGGGUGCAGCGUUUUGAGCUGUGAGGGGAGUGAGCGUGCCCUAUUGAAUUGUCUGAUGAUCAAGCUUCAUCAACUAGACCCUGACGUGUUAGUUGGACAUAACAUUUCGGGGUUUGAUCUCGACGUCCUCCUGCAUCGCUUGCAAGCGUGCAAAGUUCCAAGCAACGUGUGGUCUCGAGUCGGGCGGCUGAAAAGGUCUCAGAUGCCUAGGCUGGUUGGUGGUGGAAAUAAUUUUGGUGGAGGAGCGGGUCCAGGAGUAAUGUCGUGUGUUGCCGGCCGUUUACUAUGCGACACAUAUCUUUCUUCUAGAGAGCUUGUGAAGGAAGUGAGCUAUACUUUAACGCAAUUGUCGAAAUCUCAGCUGGGAAGAGAAAGAAAAGAAAUCUCCCCAUCAGAGAUUCCAAACAUGUUCCAAACGUCGUCCACCCUGUUUGAACUGAUUCAAUCUGGUGAAACCGACGCUUGGUUGUCGUUGAGUUUGAUGUUUCACCUUAGUGUUUUACCGCUUACACGGCAACUCACUAACAUUAGCGGUAAUUUGUGGAGUAAAACCUUACAAGGUGCAAGGGCACAAAGAGUUGAAUAUCUGCUCUUGCAUGAGUUUUAUGGACGUAAAUAUAUUGUUCCUGACAAAGUAUCUGCUAGUGAAAAAGAGAAAGACAACGAGAAAAAGAGGAAAACAGCACAACAAGAUGAAGACUUUGAGCCGGAUUCUGCAGUCGAGGCAAAGAACAAGAAAGCUCCGGCUUACACUGGCGGGUUGGUUCUCGAACCGAAAAAGGGGCUUUACGACAAGUAUAUUUUGCUUCUGGAUUUCAAUAGUCUUUAUCCAUCUAUAAUCCAGGAAUACAAUAUAUGUUUUACUACUGUUGAGCGGUCCUCAGAUGGUUCAAUAUCCUCUUUGCCAAAUGCGGAUGCACCUGGUGUACUCCCGCAGGUCUUGAAAGCAUUGGUUGAUCGCAGGAAACAGGUGAAGCAAUGGCUUAAGAAAACAACGGAUGUCUUGAAAUACCAGCAGAUGGACAUACAGCAGCAAGCUCUCAAACUUACUGCUAACAGUAUGUACGGUUGUUUGGGAUUUCCCAACUCGAGGUUUUAUGCCAAGUUCAUUGCCGAAUUGAUAACUUCACAGGGACGCGAAAUACUUCAAAGUACAGUGGAUCUUGUCCAAAACGUCUUGAAUUUAGAGGUGAUCUAUGGGGAUACUGAUUCAAUAAUGAUCAAUACGGGGCUGGACGAUCUUUUAAAGGCCAAAAGCAUUGCCGCGCAAGUUAUUAAGGAGGUUAACAAAAAGUACAAACUACUGGAAAUCGACUUAGAUGGCGUUUUCAAAAGAAUGCUUCUACUUAAAAAGAAGAAGUAUGCCUGCGUGAAAGUUGAAACCAGUGCUGACGGAAAACUUCGAGAGGUAAUAGAGCAAAGAGGACUGGAUAUAGUGCGAAGAGACUGGAGCCUUCUAUCGAAAGAUGUGGGAAACUUUAUUCUCGAGCAGAUUUUAUCGGAAGGUUCACGGGAGGAUGUUGUUGACGCUAUCCACGAUAAAUUAAGAAAGUUGCAAGAUGAUAUGAGAAAUGGCAGAAUUGAACUUGAAAAGUAUGUCAUCACAAAGAGCUUAAGCAAACGACCAGAGGACUACCCUGACAGUAAAAACCAGCCUCAUGUUCAGGUUGCUCUAAGACGAAAACAGGAAGGCCAUAAAUGUUUCCCUGGAGAUACUAUUCCAUAUGUCAUAUGUUGUCAAGAGGGUGUGCUUGGUGUUCCACUGGCUGAGAGGGCAAGGCAUCCAGACGAGUUAAAAGCCGGAGGUGGUGGAUGGAUUAUCGACGUAGACUACUAUUUAUCUCAACAGAUUCAUCCCGUAGUCUCAAGACUAUGUACACCCAUUGAAGGUACCGAUCCAAGUCACAUUGCCGAUUGUCUGGGUCUGGAUCCAUCCAAGUUUCAACAACGCUCAGUGUCAACCACACUUGAUAAAGAAGAUGCGCUUGUGGCCACAUCUGUUCUUGAUGAUGAAGACAGAUAUAACCGGUGCGAGGCUUUGGAACUGUUGUGUUCGAGUUGUGCUGCUAGAUAUCCAUUUCCUGGAGUAAGUCACGUUCUUACUUUGGUUGGAGAGGAUCAAUCGGAGGACGAGAAUGCCGGCACUCAGUCUCUUCUCAGUAAGCUUCUAGUGUGUCCUCAUUGUUCCGUUGGACAAUCUCAAAACGUUACUGCUCCAAAGCUCACCAAUCUGGUCCUGGACCGCGCAGCAGAGUUUAUUCAACGGUACUAUGAUUGUUGGAUGGUGUGCGACGACGAGAUGUGCAACCACACGUCGAGGGACACGAUCUUGAGAAUAGUAGGGGAUGCCGAGCGAGGUGCAGUGUGCCCAAACUUUCCAAGAUGCAAUGGUCGUCUUGUCCGCCAGUACUCGCAAGUGGACUUGUACAAUCAGCUCACGCAUUUCUUCCGCUUGUUGGAUGUCAACCGCGUCCUUCAGAAGAUCCCAGAAAGAAACUCGAAGGCCGCUGUAGCCGUGAACAACCUGAGGCCUCUGGUCGAUCUUCCAGCCCAAGAGAUCAAAAACAUCCGCGACAGGUGCGCUUACCGCUGGGUUCAAAUGAGCUCCUUGUGCGUUUCUGUGUAAAGCCGAAGAAGUCUCAAAUCCUUGAAGACAUUACACACUUUUGUACGCAUUUGCAAGGAGCACGAAGGACGCUCCUUCCUCAAACUCAGAUGGAGGUUUCAGAUAU